AGCCGAAGUCUGGGCGGUGUCUCUUAUGGAAACUGUGACGAAGACCCAACCCAAAUAUGGGGCGGGUGCUGCUGCUUAGUUUCCUGGAUUAUCUGGUUUUCUUCUAGAGCGCCCUUCGCUUGUUGCUGCUUUCGGGUCCAUACAAUGAGUUAUCCUGGCUACCCACCUCAGCCUGGUGGCUACCCACCUCAGCCUGGGGGCUACCCACCUCAGCCUGGAGGCUACCCACCUCAGCCUGGUGGUUACCCACCUCAGCCUGGGGGCUACCCACCACAGGGAGGUGGCUACCCCCCUGCAGCUGGAGGAUGUCCUCCAGUGCCCCCUACAGGUACUAACUCUGGAUGGGGUGCUAGCCCAGGCUUUCCUGGCUUUGGCUUGGACAAUGUGACAAAUCCCGCAUUCACCCCUGCUGGUUUGUCAGGAAUGGCUAGUCAGAUCUCAUCUUCUAUGGGGGGUUUCAGCUCAAACCCCUCCAUGUUCCCUUCCCCCCAGCCAGGAGGCCAGGCACAGUAUGGAAUGUACCCCCAGCCCAGUUCGGGUACUGGUUCAUUUCAGGCUGGUCCAAGCUUCCCUGGGGUCCCUGGGCCAACACCUCCUAUGCAGGGCUACCCAGGUGCCCCUGGACCCAACCCGUCUAUGCCAAGCUACCCAGGUGCCCCUGGACCCAACCCGUCUAUGCCAAGCUAUCCUGGGGCCCCUGGACCCAACCCGUCUAUGCCAGGCUAUCCUGGGGCCCCUGGACCCAACCCGUCUAUGCCAGGCUAUCCUGGGGCCCCUGGACCCAACCCGUCCAUGCCAGGCUAUCCUGGGGGCCCUGGACCCAACCCGUCCAUGCCAGGCUAUGGAGGAGGUCCCCCAGCCCCUGCUAUCAAUAGAGGCUAUCGAGGUACUAUCCAGGAGUUUCCCGGUGCCGAUCCACUAAAGGAUGUUGAAGUUCUUCGGAAAGCAAUGAAAGGCUUUGGUACUGAUGAGCAAGCUAUCAUUGAUCUUCUUGCAAAUCGCUCCAACAAGCAGCGGGUGCCGCUGUUAGUCACCUACAAAACAGCAUAUGGGAAGGAUUUAGUGAAAGAUUUGAAGUCAGAGCUUUCAGGGAACUUUGAAAAGCUUGUGCUGGCCAUGCUGAAGACUCCAGCACAGUUUAAUGCAGCUGAACUCCAUGAUGCAAUCAAGGGUGCUGGCACAGAUGAGGCAUGCCUCAUUGAGAUCCUAUCCUCACGCACUAAUGCUGAGAUCCACGAAAUCAAUCAGGUCUACAAAGCAGAACAUAAGAAAACCUUGGAAGAAGCCAUCAGUGGAGACACCUCAGGACACUUUCGUAGACUGCUCAUCUCUUUGGCUCAGGGGAAUCGAAAUGAGAGUGAGACUGUGGAUAUAUCACUGGCAAAGCAGGAUGCUCAGACACUCUAUGCUGCGGGGGAAAACAAACUGGGGACAGAUGAAUCAAAGUUCAAUGCUAUCCUGUGUUCUAGAAGCAAAAGCCACCUGAGAGCAGUGUUCCAUGAGUAUCAACAAAUGUGUGGCAUUGAUAUAGAAAAGAGCAUCUGUAGGGAGAUGUCAGGAAACCUGGAGAGUGGCAUGUUGGCCGUAGUGAAGUGCAUCAGAAACACACCUGCCUACUUUGCAGAAAGGCUGCAGAAGUCUAUGAAGGGAUUGGGCACCAAGGACAAGACCUUGAUCCGAGUAAUGGUAUCCCGCUCUGAAACUGACAUGCUGGACAUCCGUCAGGAGUACAUGAAACAUUAUGGAAAAUCUCUGUAUCACGACAUUUCGGGGGAUACAUCUGGAGAUUACAAGAAGCUCCUGUUAAAGCUGUGUGGAGGAAAUGACUAGACGUGGAUCACCGUCCACUUCUGGAAGCCACAUGUCCUGUUUCCUAUGUGCUUACAUGAUACUGCCUUGUACCACUUACUCUCUUACAAUGCAUGCAUGUGUUCCUCUAAACUCCUUGUUUUCCAAUGGAAUAGAGCACUGUAUCCUGCUUUAAAUGAAUCUUCAGUAAAUUUAGAAGCAUCAUUUUUAUUUUUUCCAUACAAGUCUCAUUUUAUGCUGUAGAUAAUUUUUAAAGUACCUCUCCAUAUCAGGAAAAAUAUCAUAAAACUUGGGGAUAUACUCUUAUGUUACAGAAAAGGUAGUUGUUUUCACACUAUUCUGAGGGCCAAUAUCAAGCAUUAAUUGUAUGAAUGGCUAUUAGAACGCUGGCCACAGCCUAGAACUAAGCUAUAGGUAGCCUAUAUGGAGAGAUCAGUAAGUGCUUUUGUUAUAUUCCGCUAGGCAAACCAGUAUUUGUUGGCAUAAUCUUUUCAACCAAGAUGAAGUAAAAAUAAAAUUGAGACACUUUGUGUGA